AUGCCUGAGGUGAAAGCAGUGAAAGGAAAGGGGCGGAAGGUCGACAGCACAUGGAUGAAGAACCACCCGAUGGAAGGGGAUGACAUCAUUACGAGCUUCUACGAUCUCCUGUGCAAGCGCAACCCCAAGACAAUGAAGCCGUGCCGCAAUGUCUUUGUUCCAGAUACUGUCGUGUACGAGCACAACUUCCCACGCGGGUGGUACACAACGGAUGUGAAGGCGCGGGAGGUGAUGCGCAAACAGGGCAAAGACCUCGACGCCGCCACCAUCGAGGCAGGCUUCAAACGCAACGUCAACGACUCCUGCCCUAUUGUGGCAACGUACAUGUCGACACUGGAGGAGGAUCUGGGCGACGGCGUCACGGAGACCACAACGCAGGUGGAGGUACUCAACAAGGAUACCAUUGGCAGCUUCAUUGCCCGCAAGCAGAAGCGCGAAGGAAUCCUGCAGCGCUUUGUGUUCCCCAAAGGGUACCACAACAGCGUCAUCAGGGCGGUGUGGAGCCCACGCAUCGCGAUGAUUCAGCGGCGCACCAACAAGUUCCCAAUAAUGGACCGCAAGCGGGCGGAGAACGACCCUUUCGCCAUCACCGUCACGUACGAAGGCCCGGAGUACCUCAGCGAGGAGGGCACUGUCUCCGCCCACAUCGCGUUUGAGGUGAAGAACGUCUGCUCCGACAUCGUCACCCACUUCUUCUACACGGAGCACAAGUACAUCACGCGGAUGGUGCUGUACUUCAAAAGCGACGUGAAGGACCGACUGUGGUUCCUGUGGUGCGGCUCGCUGCGCGUGGCCGAGCGCAACACACCGAGCGAGAUGCCGGUGAGCCUCACCCCAAAGUUCGGCGAGCCACUGCGCAAGGGCGAUAUGGACGAGGACGAGGUCCUGCGCACCACCGACAAGGCCUAUUUCAUCGUCACCCGCGACGAGUUCUUCUACGAGACAUACAUGCGGGGCAAGAUGUUGCGCACAAACGACACGGCGGCGUCGCUGGAGUCGCGGGGCCGUACGUCUGCUGCCUCCGCUGCGCGUUUGCCCGGGGCGGGCGCGGACACCGCAAGACCGAACGGGUCCAGCGAUAUGGAGGAGUUACCCCCGGAUGUAAUGGAGGCGCUGCGACACCUGCAGGCGCAGGAGGAGGAGGUGCUGGAUACCUUCCGUGACAUUUUCUACAAGGCUUAUAGCCACUUCCUCAGCAGCUCUCCCCCAGCGUUCGACCUUGUGGUGCCAGCGCAUGUAGUAAAGAUUAUCACGGAGGGGGACGUUGUGGAUCUCAUGCGGCUUCUGCGACUGAGGCCAAAGAUCAGCGCUGAAUUCACAAUGGAGAAAUGUAAAACAAGGGAAACAGAUUCUGACGAUGGUGAUAAUAAUGCUGAUGAGGCUAGCGACUUGGCAUACAUAAUACCGCCAAAGCCGAACGCGCCAAUCACGCAAAUGAGCGACACGACGGACAGCUGGAUCAAAGCGCUAUUCUCCUCUCGCCGCGAGUUGUUGCGGCAGAACUACGCAACGGGGGGCACAUCGCCGUGGACACAGUCGUCCAUGCCGCCUCCUGACGCCCCAGCAGAAUUGGUGUGGCAUGUCGAGGCUGAACACGAAAGCCGCAAGACUGGCCGUGACUCCCGCGCCUCCCGCGCUUCUACUUCACUGCGAGAACUCUGA